AUGUUCGCUGCCAGACGAUCUGCUCUUUCGACGCGGCAGUUGCUGCGUACCCAGCGCCGCUGGGGCUCUCACGCUGCCCAUGAGCCCGUGAACGAAAGCUUCGGCCGCAGCUUCUACGUCACCUGUGGCUCCAUCGCCUCCGCCUUCAUCCUCUAUAACGUUAGCAAGUCAAACGAGGAAUCCGACUCGCCCUCUUGGAUCUCCGACCUCAUCGAGAAGUGGACUCCUUCUCAGGAGGUCUUCGAGCAACGCAACGCUAUCCACACCGCUAUCAUGGAGAAGGUUGCUGCUGACCGCCACUUGCUCGGCAGUCAGGGUCCAGCCGAGGCUUUUAGCCUCAGACAGCCCGAUAUGAUGAACUCCGGCUCUCCAUACAACGUCUCGCCUGGUUCGCAGGCCGACCUGAGCCAUGUCGUGGCUCACUACCAGCGCAAGAACCAGGAGGCUGAGGAGUCCCGGGUUGCGCGGAUGAAGGACGGCAAGGUUGUGUCGAUCUACGAGUAA